AUGGCUCCCGCUCGCAUCUCCUUCUUCCUGCUCGCAUGCGUAUACGGGAUGGUUGGCGCGCUGCCCCAGGUCGAUACAUCGUCGACCGUGAUUACGGUGUCUCUGCAGCCGUCCAUACCGCUCAGCGGGACUCCGCUUUCUUCGAUCCUCACUAGUGUGACCGAGACCACCCCCACGUCAGUGUUUACCUCAGCACCCGUGUCAGAAUCAACAUCCGCCACGCCCCCGCUCUCUUCGCUCCCUUUGUCAGGCACGGUCACUUCCAGCGAGGUGACGACAUCUACAUUCGCGACUCUUCCCACCGAGACCGUUCCAAGCACGACCUCUAGUGGAGUCACAGCGUCAGGGAGCAUAUCUACUGCCACCAUUCCUGCGUCGAGCUCCGCCUCGACCGUGACCACCACUUCGACUGGCACCGCAUCUUCCACCUCUACCUCCGCAAGUAGCUCAAGCGCUGCUGCGUUGGGCUUACACGCGGAGCAAUGGAAGCUGGCACUCGGCGUUGGAGCGGGCGCCAUGGCGCUCCUCCUGUGA